AUCAGAGGAUCGUAUCAGCAAGAGCAAGCAAGCUGCUAGUACACAGCGUCCCCAGCACCAUGCUCUGCAGAAGCACCUCCUCAGCGCAGCAGCGGAAGCUGUGCAUGCUCCUUGGUGUGCUACUGGCUCUCACAUCGUUGUGUCCUUUGGUACGAGCCUGCGGGGACCUCGAUCCUCAGCAUGGACUUAGCAAGAGGAGCUCACGCUACGCUACACAGCCUACAGGAGGAGCUGAUCUACUCUCACCCCUGGUCUGGGGAGAUGUACAGAUUGUGGCCACGACAGAUAUCCACGGCUGGUACCAAGGGCAUCUGCAUUCCACCCAGCCGGACCCCAACUACAGCGGAGACUUUGGCGACUUUGCCUCUUUUGUCUCGCAUCUGCGCAAUCUCGCCGCCCAACGAGGCGUGGAUCUCCUCGUAGUCGACUCUGGAGAUCUUCACGAUGGGGACGGACUCUCUGACGGAUUUCCAGAGGGCGACACGGAUGGACACGUCUCCAACGAAAUCCACUCUCAAGUACCAUAUGAUUUGCUGUCGGUGGGCAAUCACGAGCUGUACAAGUAUGGCGUGGCUUUUGAUACGUACAAGAACUUUGUCCCCGCUCAAAAGGGCAGGUAUGUCUCUUCGAAUGUUAACAUCUCCAUCUACGAUGAGCAGUCAGGCCAUAAUAUCUCUCAUAUCAUGGGCGAACGCUACAUCAAGUUCAAUACGACUCAAGGCCGCAGAGUCACCUCUCUAGGCAUCCUCUUCGAAUUCAAGGGGCAAGAUGGCGGUAUCACAAUUCAGACCCCUGCCGACAUGGUGAAGGAGAGCUGGUUUGCAGAGGCCAUCGCCGAAGAGCCCGACUUCUUCCUCCUAGCAGGACACAUGCCAGUCAGGUGGGGCUCAUGGCCGACUGUGGUCGACGCGAUCCGCAAAGUCCACAAGGAUACGCCGAUCCUGAUAUCUGGAGGACACACACAUAUUCGAGACUGCUAUACCUACGACGAGAAUGCCAUUGGUAUCGAGGCAGGAAGGUACCUCGAGACCAUAGGAUGGCUGUCCGUCAAUCUGACGAAGUCCGAGGGAACUGGCGCGAUGACGUACUCAAGGUCCUACAUCGAUGCUAAUCGUCGCAAUUAUGCAUAUCAUCUGGGGCUGAGUGACUCGCGCUUCGAUACACCAGAUGGCUCGGCUAUCACUGAGAAGAUGUCUGACAUCGCAAAGGAAUGGAAUCUGACUGAAAUCUACGGGAUAGCUCCGCAGGACUACUUUCUGGACAGGUACCCUAUCUCCUCCAAUUUGUCUGUCAUCAGUCUUCUGGGAAGCUCGAUACUUCCCAAGAUCGUCCUGAGCAACCCUUCCAAGAAGAAUGCAGACAGGACAGACACACCCAGGUUCAUCAUUGCGAAUACAGGCCUGGUUCGUUUCGAUUUGUACUCUGGCGACUUUACAAAGAAUGACCAGUACAUCGUCAGUCCCUUCACCGAUGCCUUCUUCGUCAUCAAGGACGUCGAGUAUCGGUACGCCCGGCAAAUCCUCGGCCGUCUGAGCGAAGGAGGUUACCCUUCUGCUGCUCGUCGUCAAGUCAGCGAACGCGACGAUGGCAUGGCCGAUGCGGCAGUUCUGCAUCGUGGAGACGCCUAUGCGAGCGGCGAAGUAGGUCCCAUCUUCUCUUCUUGGCGCGCAGCGCAAUACGCCUUGCAGGUCAAGGAAGACCGCUCCCGCCAUGCUCUCGCAGGCGUAAGUGAUGCAUACCUCUCCGAUCUGCUCGAAUUAGAUCAAGCCGCCGAUGCUAGCAUGCACGCCGACGAGAAUGGCUCUCUUGGCUACGUGACGAGCGACUCCUGCGCCGCUUCCGUUGGCAACGGACCUCGCGGCGACGAUACGCUGCACAGGGCUAUCCCCUACACGUCUGUACCGAGCUACAUUGCCACUCCCUUGCAGGGCAACACCACCGAGCUCGGUCCCGACUCGACGAACAAGGUGGAUGUGGUCCUAGUGGACUUUAUCGAACAGGGCAUCAUCGCUAUCCUGAAUUCGCUGCAGGAGGACAAGGUCUACACGAGGGAGGAUGUGAGUCUAUGGAAUGAGCUUACCACGCAGGACAUUUUCCGCAUCUAUGCUCAGCAGGAGUGGUCUGGGCAAGGGAAGUAGACAUGAUGAAUCUAGAAAAGAGAAAGAUGGCUGGUGAUAAGGCAGUCAGGAUGACAGGACAAAGACAGCAAACAGGCAUAGAGAUAUACACUACAUAAUCAGAGCAUUAUUGACUGACAGGGGCUGUAACGGGUUUGACACUUGUAUCUUUGAUCGGAUUAGAGCGGUUCAAACAAAGUCGAGCACAUUGCACAACGUCUCUCAAAUCAAAUGAUUGUGAACGAGCCCAUUUUCUCGGUC